GUCAUGUCUUUAGAUUCUUUCACGCUUUACAGAUUCAAUGGCAAAACUCUGAAAAAUGAGAUCAAACGUGACUUUUUUUUUUCUUUCACUGUUGAGCUUGAAGCCCUAGUUUUGGGUCAAAGAUUCCCCUCCCCCCUUUUCUGGAACCCCAAAAGCAUAUCAGACGUCAACGGGAAUUCUGAUCAGUGAUCAACGCUGGUGGAAAGUAAGGGGAGAAAAAAAUGAAGCAAGGGAAAUAUGGAGAGGCAGUCCCAGUAGUCAUAGGGGGGAUGGUUCUGGACAUUCAAGCCACUUCUUCAAUUCCUCCUCAUCCAAGGACCACUUGUCCCGGCCAGGUACAUUAUGUACAAGGAGGUGUGGCAAGGAACAUAGCUGAAUGCAUGGGGAAGCUUGGAACUGGCCCUUUUUUCAUUAGUGUUUCGGGAUUUGACAUGGCAGGAACUUUGUUGUUGGAAUAUUGGAAAUCUGCAAAGCUACCUACAGAAGGCAUUAGGAGGCAUCAGGAUAUUAAGACUCCCACCGUCUGUCAUAUUCUUGAUGUUACUGGCGAGGUGGCAGCUGGUGUUGCCAGUGUGGAAGCUGUUGAAAAGUUUCUUACACCUGAGUGGAUUCAACAAUUUAAGCACAUGAUACGUUCUGCUCCUAUAUUGAUGGUUGAUGCAAAUUUGAGUCGUCCUGCUUUGGAAGCUUCUUGCCGACUAGCAGCAGAGUCAAAUAUCCCAGUGUGGUUUGAACCUGUAUCAAUUGCAAAAUCUAAAAGAAUUGCUCCGAUUGUGGAGUAUAUAACUUUUGCUUCACCUAAUGAAGAUGAACUAAUUGCAAUGGCAAAUGCUUUAUCUUCUGAAAACUUAUUUUGUCCAAUUGAAAAGAAUAAAUGUUCUACGGAUACUUUGUUCCAGAUGCUAAAACCAGCAAUCUGGCUUUUGCUUCAGAAAGGUGUCAAAGUUCUUGUUUUGACUAUUGGUUCAGAGGGUGUAAUUUUAUGCACUAAAGGGGAACCAAACUCCUGGAGAAUUGGUUUGGAAAAAUCACAUCGACAUGGAUUUAGUCAACAGUUAUUUGAAACUAUGACAUCCAGCAGUCCUUCAAAUUGGUGCACUGACUCUAAGGUUCUCGAGAGAAGCCCGAAUUUCUUAGCUGUGCAUUUUCCUGCACUCUCCGCCUCGGUAGUAAGGCUUACGGGAGCCGGUGAUUGCCUAGUUGGUGGAAUGCUUGCAUCCCUUUCUGCAGGUUUAGAUGUGAUGCAGAGUGUAGCAAUUGGUAUUGCUGCAGCCAAAGCUUCGGUUGAGGUGGACAGCAAUGUACCUUCUCAAUUUAGUUUGGAAACAAUUACAGUAAAUGGCCAUUCAAUCCUGCAGGUGAUGCCAAGAUUGUAUAUUCAGCUGCCAAAGUUAUGCAACACCAAUCUAAGCUAUAAUGGUCAAGAAAGAGGAAAAAGGGACGCAAGCUUAAAUUUUUUAGCUGUGACCAUAUCCAGUUUUCUCAGUAUACAUGGAAAUUAACAUGUUAUUCAAAGAGAACAUAUAUUUUUUGUUGUGGCAAGGAAUCGGAGUGGCUCUCUUUUGGUUGAUAGAGUUAUUAAC